UAGCAAUAGCAUAGCCAACACAACAAAGCAAUAACAUGGUUGAACAGCACACAACAGUAGUGACAGCAACACCAAAACAGUAGCAUCAGAUCAUGGUGCCCUCUCUUCCUAAGACUAUAUAUUGUGUUAUCAUUCAAUCACAUCCUUGUGCGCUACCUUCUCGUGCCUUCCUCACUUUAUACACCUGUUCUCUCAUGUGACUCUCACUCUACCUUUCAAUUCUUUCUCCUCCUUCACCUAUCUCUCUGUUGCCCCUUAAUUCUUCACACACACAUCAUAGUUAGUAGUAAACUCUUCCUUCUCAUUAGUAUUUUCUAGUUCUGGUUCUAUUACACACAAUAAUCUUAGUGUAUCACCAAUCUCUGAGAUGAUGCCCCCUGAGCAAGAAACCACUAAUAUUGCACCAAACAUUCCAGCCAUCACAACCCGAUCCGAGUCCAGCUCGGUCCACCACGAACCAGAGGGUUCUAACACUAACAAAAUCAAACCAAGUUUGGAUGAUAAUGGCAAUAUUCCUGCACAGCAUCAGACUCAGCCAACAACACCUCCACCACCAAGAUUUUCCGUCCUUCACCAAGCCUUGCGUCCCAUUACCCUCAAAUUUGAAGACGUAUCCUACAGCAUAACCUUCGAAAGCCAAAAGAACAAGGGUUGCGUCUUACGUAAAGAGUCAAAGCUAAGAAGAAAGGUGCUAACCGGCGUUACCGGAGUAGCGAACCCCGGCGAGUUAACGGCAAUGCUGGGCCCCUCCGGGAGCGGGAAGACGACCCUCCUAACCGCCUUAGCGGGGAGGCUCGCCGGGAAAGUCUCCGGCACCAUAACCUACAACGGCCGCACCGACGCCACCUUGGUGAAGCGAAAAGUAGGGUUCGUAACGCAAGACGACGUUCUCUACCCUCACCUCACGGUGCUCGAGACCCUCACCUACGCGGCGUUGCUGAGGCUUCCGAAGAGCUUAAGCAGAGAGGAGAAGGUGGAGCACGCCGAGAUGGUGCUGGCGGAGCUCGGCCUCACGCGGUGCCGCAACAGCCCCGUCGGAGGCUGCAUGGCGCUUUUCCGGGGCAUUUCGGGUGGGGAACGGAAACGGGUCAGUAUCGGGCAGGAGAUGUUGGUCAACCCGAGUUUGUUGUUCGUGGAUGAGCCCACUUCGGGCUUGGACUCCACCACGGCCCAACUCAUCGUGUCGGUGCUCCGUGGGCUCGCUCGGGCGGGUCGGACCGUGGUUACCACUAUCCACCAGCCGUCCAGCCGCUUGUAUAGAAUGUUUGAUAAGGUGAUUGUCUUGUCUGACGGGUACCCGAUUUAUAGUGGCCAUGCGGGUCGGGUCAUGGACUAUCUCGGAUCCGUUGGGUUUGUCCCAGCUUUCAAUUUCAUGAACCCGGCAGAUUUCCUACUUGACCUUGCUAAUGGCAUUGUUGCUGAUGUCAAACAUGAUGAUCAGAUUGACCACCAUGAGGAUCAAGCUUCAGUCAAACAAUCUUUAAUUUCAUCCUUUAAGAAGAACUUAUAUCCUGCUCUUAAAGAAGACAUUCAGCAAAAUAACAGUGACCUGCAGGCUUUUACAUCAGGAACAACUAGACGCUCUGAUAACCAAUGGACCACCAGCUGGUGGGAGCAAUUCAAGGUGCUUCUUAAGAGGGGUUUACAAGAGAGGAGGCAUGAAUCUUUUUCUGGCUUAAGAAUUUUCCAAGUCUUGUCUGUAUCGAUUCUCUCAGGACUUCUGUGGUGGCACUCUGAUCCUUCACAUGUACAAGAUCAGGUUGGACUCCUUUUCUUCUUCUCCAUCUUCUGGGGAUUCUUCCCUCUCUUCAAUGCCAUCUUUGCAUUCCCUCUGGAAAGGCCAAUGCUAAUAAAAGAAAGAUCAUCAGGGAUGUAUCAACUCUCUUCAUACUAUGUUGCAAGGAUGGUGGGGGACUUACCAAUGGAGCUAGUGCUUCCUACUAUCUUUGUAACAAUAUCCUACUGGAUGGGAGGUCUCAAGCCUUCAUUGGUUACAUUUGUGUUAACCCUCUUGAUCAUGCUUUUUAAUGUGCUGGUCUCUCAAGGCAUAGGCCUAGCACUUGGGGCCAUUCUCAUGGAUGUGAAGCAGGCCACAACUCUAGCUUCAGUGACCAUGUUGGUGUUUCUCUUGGCUGGUGGUUACUACAUUCAGCAAAUUCCUGCUUUUAUAGCUUGGUUGAAGUACAUCUCUUUUAGUCACUACUGCUAUAAGCUACUGGUAGGAGUUCAGUAUUCAGCAAAUGAGGUAUAUGAGUGUGGACCAGGGUUGCAUUGUAGGGUAAGAGAUUUUCCUGCCAUAAAGUGUUUGGGGCUUGAUGGUAACAUGUGGGGAGAUGUGGCUGCAUUGUCUAUAAUGUUGAUUGGAUAUAGAGUUGUGGCAUAUCUAGCUUUGAGGAUGGGGCAGCCUCACUGACUAAGACUUAAGAUGACCAUGUUAUUAAUUUUUAAGUUUGGUUGUUUGAAUCACCACCUGUUAUAAUGUGGUAAUUCGAUUCAAAUUGUAAGGUGAAUAUUUUAAGUUCUUGUGAUUAAUUGACAUAAAAUGAAGCGAUCAAAAUUUGUUGAGUAUAGUCCAA